ACUUAUUCUGCCCGUCGUGCGGCCGACGGCGCCGCGAGGAGGUCCCAUGGAUGAUCGAGGAUUUGGACGCCAUCGAACCGGCACCAUUGGAAUCGCAAAGAACGCCAACGAGAAUCUGCACCUGCGACGAACCCAACUAUCGCACUACUAAAGAACGCGGCAGUUUCCUGAGAGUACGCAGUACUGAGGUGACAUGGAGUACCAGCGACUUCUUGUCGCCCGACGAGGCAAUCUGGGAUCUGAGAAGGCGCACCAGCGAAGGUACAGAAUUCCGCUGGGAGCUCCAUACCUCGACCACCGACUUGGAUAUCGCCAGGAAGACAAAGUGCAGCUGCCACAGUCUGAUUCCGGGAGAGAAGAAGUCGGAGGGGGUGCAUCGCGGCGAUCUCAGGAAACAUCACAGUGCGGAGGUGGACAAGUGGUCGGUAGAAAAUCUGCUGACACCGACGAUGCACGACCUAAGGAAGCACAGCAGCGACGACACCAGAUUCGCGAGGGAGGCCAGAUGGUUACAGGUGCCGGACGUAAUGCCGAAUCCAAAGCCCAGAUGCACCUGUCCCAAGGUAAAGACGCCGGCGCCAGCGUCACCGGUGGAAGUGAAGCCGGAGGUGAAAGAGCCAGAGAAGCCGCCGCAGAAGGAAGAAAAAAGACUGGUCUACUCGAAAUCGCUGACGCCCGAGGAACCGACCGUGCCAUGGGAGAAACCGGAGGUGAAGAGGCAAGCUAGCGAGGAUCCGAGAGCCGCCAAAGGAAAGAGAGAUCGACCCAAAUUGGAGCGCUCUGAAAAAGGGAGGAGCGAAAGUUCAAGAAAAUGGGGCUUUAGUCACAGAGACAAAGAUAAAGGUAAAGAGAAAGAAAAGGAGAAGGAAAAGGAGAAAGAAAAGGUCAUCAGUCCACCGGUGGAGAGUAAGAAGCAUGCGAUACGAGCAAGGUGGGCCAUGAAGCCACACGUCUCUCUGCCCGCUGAGAAAAAGGCGUCCAAGUGGUACAGAAGCAUGGACGAGCCGAAGAGUAAGAGUCUGCGCGAACGGCCCAAGUACAGCAUACGCAGGAGCAUGUCGCCGGAACCGGAUCCACGACAAAUGAGUAAGCUGGAGAACAGAGUUGUACGGCGUUUAAUUUCACCAGAGAUCAUGAUUACCAGCACCAAGUGGGCACCGUACGAAGACUCGUCUCCGCUACCGACGAUCGGAAUGAAGAAGCGUGAGCAGAAGCACAUCAGCGAGAUCAAGUGGACGCCGUACGACGAGUCACCGAGCGACAUUCCCGUCGAGGUAAUCGAUGACAAAAAAUGGUCACCCUUCCACAAUGUCACGCCUACGCAUUGUCCACCUCCGGAACCGGCGACGCCCAGCAAAAGCGACGACGAGGAUUUCCGAUGGAAGAUCCUCAAUCAAGUCGCGCCGUUCCCGCUGUACCAGGGCGGCUGGAAGGAGAAUUCGCCGGAGAAGACGCCGCCGAAGAAGUUGACCACGCCGGAGGACGAGGAAUCGCCAGUCUGGUCGCCAAGGGUGCCUACUACGCCCACCGCUAAGCGGAAAAGUAUCAUAAAGCCGCAAGAAUACUCGCCGGAGUACUACUCGCCGGUGCGCAGAUCCAGCAAGUCCAAGCUCGUCCGGAAGGGUGCAUUCAGAGCGAAAACAUCAGUCCCCUCUAAUCCUCUGGAGGACAGACUGCCCCAGGCCGGGCCUCCCCCGCCGACGGUAAUAGUACGCGCUGCUAGUGAGGAGACUAAACGACAGAGGCCCCAGCUAAUCAGAUCCAAGGCCACGCUGGAGGUGCCGAAGCAUAUAGACGCAACGAAGAGAUCACUGAGCGAAGAGGGACCGCGCAUGCAUCCUCGCGAGCGUCCCAAACCGCCUGGAAGAACUCGCAGCGAGGAAGUGUCCAAGUACGACGAUCCUUGGGUCAGGUCCGAGUCUCCUGAGCUGCCUAUUAGGAGAAAGAGGCGUCCCGCAACACAGCACCGCAACUCGGUUGUCCUCGCAAGGGCCUCACGAAGAGCAUAAUCUUCGAAACCACCUAAAAGACGAGACGGCAGGGCGCAACUAGUCGAGAUGAAGAUUAACGAGGUCGAACGAGAGAGGCAGGGAGGAAGAUUCUAACACGAUCGCGCUUCGUACACGAGCGCCGAAAACUUCGUUGGCCUACACGAAGACUACAAUGGAAAAUACCAAAAAAAAAAGAAGAAAAGAAGAAAACGAAAUAGCUUCGAAUUCAUUUUCGGCAUUCGACGAUCAUUUUCACGGGAGAGGGCGAGUCGGAAGUUCUCAAGAACGGGCGGAAGUCGAGGCGAGGGGUUAAGGACUGACUAUUAUUUAAAUAGCGUAAUAUAUACGUGUGCGUUUCGCGUCGCGCUCGGAGAAACGGAGGUGCUCCUCCUCCGGAGUGCGGCGCCUGAAUGUUUUCAGCUCAAGACGAAAUGUAGGGCCGCGCCCGGCCGAGCGGACAUCCACGGCAGAUCACGACGUUUCGUCGCUCUGUAUGGGACGAGAGCGGAAACGGAAGAGUCGGGGUUGCCGUUCGGCGGGCGCGAACGAGACGAUUCACGGUAGGGCGUUGAUUGAUUAGUUCUAUAACGUAAUUAGUAACGUAAUGCUAAAACGAUUAAAGUACCGACUAGGGAAUAAUAAUGACAUGAAUCUCUAUAGUGUAAGCGUGAUUUCGCGUGAUUUCGUGAAUUCACGGAGAGAAUGCUCUGCCGCAGAGGAUGAGAGAUCGGAGAUACACACAGGGUGCGUCCGACGCGGAUCGAGCGAUCCGCCUCGAUCGCGGACGCGCGCAAAUAGUAACGCUAAGCAUAAUUUGUAUAUGUACGUACUCCGUACGUGUACACGUAAUUAUAUAAUAUUUGUAACGUUCGCGUUCGAGCGACAAGUAUAUAAGUGAAGAGGAGGUAGAGGGAAAAUUGAAGAGAGGAAGGAGAAAGAGAAAAUUGCGGAGAUGCGAUUCGAGCGCAUCGUGAUCAAGGGAUUGGCCUCGUUCCAGGGGCAACGCGGAUCCCCCAAGGGUUCGCUCGAUCGAGAAUUGUCGGGGCUCGACGAGAUACGACUCUUUGUUACACGUUCAUAUCUAUUUUUCGUUUCUUUUCCUUCUUUUUAUACGUUAUAUCGACGUUGCGAGAUUGUUGGACCGCGCGGGUGCGCGCUUGGAUUCAGAUUCGUGACGAUCGAUUUCGUUCGUUAUUCGGGCGACGAUCCAGCGAGCGUGAUAUUAAAAAAAACCAAAGAAGAACGCCGCUGGGUGCAUAGCCUCCCGUGUGCCGGUGCGUGCAAUAUUAAUUAAGGGGUUGAAACGUCGGUGGACAACCGCGUGAAUACGGGAUACUAAGGGGUAAGAAAAAAAAACCAAGGAGGAGAAGACCGACAGGGUGUGUCCGUGGGGGGUGCGAUCGGCUGCGCGUACUUGAUCGUUUCUCCCUUCGUCCUCGGUGCAACGUGCAGUACGUUUUCGAAUGAACACGCCGUGUCUCGUUGCCGCUUGCGUUGUCACUCGUGUGCGCUAUUCGCUUCAGUUUUCGCGCUCGCGCGUGAAGGACGUUUCGUCACUCCCGCCUUCGACACGGGACGCUCCGCGCAAGUUCCCCCCCCCAUUCCCUCCUUUGCGCCAGUGAUCUUUUCUAUAUCGUGCGUGUGUCUCGUGAACGAUAUGGCUCGGUGUUCUGCGCGGCUGAUAUUAAUUGUGUAUAGCAUAACGCAUAGGGGAAUUCUCACUUAGGUACGACGUCCGUGAGCAGGUACCGUUAACGGGAAGGCCGCCCCCGCGUGCAUUAAGGGCGCAUUAGUCGCACCCGAGUGCGCUCGAGCGACGACGCUGAUUAGACACCAGAUCCCUCCUUCCUACCCUCGUUGACGAACACGUCCGAUCUCGUGUCGCGCGAACGGCCGCCGUCGUUUAGUGCAUAAUUUUUUAGGAUAGCUCCGCGUAUAAUUAGCGCCGCGUGAACGCUCACCCGGUACCUUUCGUCUAAGUACCUAGUGCCGCUCUUUCUCUCUCAAUGCACCCUCUUGACAGACGCCUCCUCCACCCCUUUCGUUCCCUUCUUCUAGUCUCAUCGAUCGUUCGUAAAUGCAUUCCCGGAACGCGAUCGAUGAUGAGCGAUUAAGUGAUAUUACGACUAGCGAUACGAUAGAAGUUAAUUCGAGCCCGUAGCAAAAUAUCCGCGAGCAGGGGUCAUUACGUUCAUUUACUCUGUUCGCAUCUCGCCUUCUGAACGUCACGAGAUCGAGCGUAAUCGUCGGCGAACUCGAAGCGUUCCAUGCAUUUUUCCUGAAAGGCGAGGCAUUUAAGCGGAAAGAAUGUUUAAAAGGAUAACGGCGAAGAUUGCUGUAAUAGUUGCGUUCUCUAACUUCAGUGAUAAAGCUUCAAUAAAGUGAAUAACAAAAAUUCUCUCGAACAGUAAAGAUGAUUCUAUACAGCACAGAGCUCGUAGGAAUAUUGGUGCAAGAUUCUGUGCUGUAUAAGGUCCAAAAUAAGCCAUUUAUUAUUAUUAUAUUUCGCGACAAAUCUAUUGUAUAGCGACUCUCACUUCGAAACGGGAAACGCACGGAUCGUGAGGAAAAGACAACACGAUGUGUUCGAGAUUCGAGCGAGAUUUGUUCCACGGAUCUGCCGCGAACUCAUGUAAGGAUUCCUGAUCCGUGACGGACGAGCGCGUUUUUAUUUCCGGCCGCGCUUCCGUCGACGAUGAUUAGCGAAAAAAUCGAGGUAGAAAGGGAGGAAGGGGAUCGAAUGGCCGCGCAAUCUACGGAAAUCGGUCAUGAGUAUCCCCCGAAUUUACACCUAGAGGGGAGUGAAAGGUUAAGCCCUAGUAGCAUUUUCUGCAGAGCAGAAUCUGCGUGCAGUUAAUUGCAGCAAAAUUGAACUAGAUUAUUCCCAGUCAUGCCUGCUGGUAAUCUGUCAGCAGUCUGCUGCAAGAUUCGUGCACUGUACAUGCAAAUGGACUGUUUGCAGAUCUUGCUGCAGAGAUCAAGCUAUCUUGAAGCAGAUUCUUCCCGUAACUGCUCGACGUUUAUCAGCAGACUGACAUAAGAUUCUUUCAGCAGAAGUGACGUGCAGAUCGCGAAAGAAAGAAUGCUGUAACAGAUACGUGCAAGUUUCUUGCAAGAAUCUGCCUGCAGAAUCUUUCGGAAAACUCGAGCAGAUCACAACGUUCUGCUGGCAGAAUUUGUCAGGAUCUGCUGCAAGAUUUACAGCAGUCUCGAGGCAGAUUGUUACUAGGGAGUGCAACGACGUCACGGAGGCCGGGGCGUCGCGACGCGUCGCGUUGCGUGGGCGCCGCUUGUAUUGUACACGUACAUGCGUACACGCAUUAUACGCUACACAGCGAUUCGUUUCUCCACAAAUUACACACGUAUACAUAUAUAAAAAAAUAUAUAAAAAAUAUAAAUAUAUAUAUAUAUAUGAAUAUAUAUAUAUAUUAUAUAUAUAUAUAUAGUUUUCUCCCCUCUCGUAGUGCGUACACAUAGCAAUUUAUUACAACAUCAUUGCGUACUGUACGAUAUUAUACAUAGCAUAAAAAAGAAACGAGACUACGUCGUGUACUCACUAUCAACCGAAGGGACGUCCAUGCCACCAUUCGCGCGCACGGCUGUCGGCGGAUUAGCCGUGUAUACAUAUAUAUGUACGCAUAUAUGUAUAUAUGUACGUCACGGACACGCGCUCGUUCGAAUAAUGAGGCAGGAUGAUUAGGGCACGUGUGUGCGCUGAGAGGACGCUAUUAUACAGUAUAAAAACAAACUUGUAUCCGUGCUGCCAUUAGCGUUAAAGCGAGAGAACGAAGGUGCAGUGAGGUGUGAGGACAAGCCAAAGUAUAUAGUUAACGAAAAUACACACGAAUUUAUCUCCACGAGGAAACGUACACACUUAUGCGUAUGGAGAGUGAGAGAGAGGGAGAGCGAGAGAAAAGAAUGAGAGAGAAAAUGAGAGAAAGAAAGAGAAAGAGAGAGAGAGAGAGAGAGAGAAGAAAUGAAAGAGAGAAAGAAAGAGAAAAUGAUAUAUAUACAUACAAACGCACGCGUACUCGCAUACAUACGCUUAGUUGCGUAAAUCCGUGUAUACAUGAAGAAAAUGUGGCGAGAGAAAAACUUUCGCAAACGCCUUCUUCUUUUGCUUUCUGCAGCAAAGGAGGAUAAUAUAAAGAAUUAAAUUUGGCAAAUUGUUUUUUCUUCGCCUGAAAAGCUGUUUUCAAAAAAAAAAAAAAAAUUUCUCGUGACCCUUUGAAAUUCAAAUUCAUUUGCGUGACGGAGUUACGAAAGGAACUCGUUAAUUUCCAAGCGUCACGAGUUAAAUGAACGAACGAAUGAUUCAUCACGCUCGUUUGUAUUUUCCUUGAGCUUAUACAUAUACGGAGUUUCGCGAUUAAGUAUGCAAAUACCAAUCGACGACACUUGAUAGGCGUCUCAAUUCCCCAGGGUGAAUUCGUUUCGCGGCGCAUGUGAGAAUAAGUUUAGGGAUCUUCAUGUUGAAUAAUUAGCAGUCUCAUCCUAUGUAUCGUAUAAUCGAGAGAUCAAGCGGCCGUGAGCAGUACGUAUUUAGCGGUAAAAGACACCAGAAAACUAUAUAAGACGAAUAAGCGGAACCUGAGUUAUUACACAAUAAUUCGUAGCGUGUACUGUAUUUCGAAUGUGAUCGAUUUGUUGUCUGAGUUCCCGUGCUACUAUUGUUACGUUUGCGCGCCUAUUAGUAUCAUUCCUCUUCUUCUCACACGACAUUAUUAUUAUAUUUAUUAAGAUUAUUGUAUAAGUAUGUGCUCUCUAACGCGAUAUUACAUUGUGAUAACGUGAGACUUGUUUCUAUAUAGUCCGGUUCUUCUGAUCUCGUUAAUUAUUCUGUCGGUACUCGAUCCAAUCCCUCCGCCCUCUCUUCCCCCCUCCCUUGUUCCCGACCGUAAUAAUUUGUCAAACGGUACGACGCGUCGCGAGAUACGUAGAUCUCGCGUAUAGAAAGGUGCAUCCUCUGUGCAACAAAUACAGUAUACAAUCCGUAAAUAUGAGGUCAAUGUUGAUUUGUUUAAAUAAAUGUAAGUUUGAAAACCCA